CCCACAGUGUUCUUAAGAACCUUCCAGUUUCUCUAUUUUCCAUAGCCUUCCCUCCUCGCACGCUCCUCAUUCUCGUUCUCAUCUCCGUCUUUUCUGCCUCUGUGUAAGCUCACCGUUCCAUUGCUUUCUCAUUUCAAUGGAUCCAAACCCCACGGACUUCCCAAUUCUCUCCUAUGUCCUAUUCCUACUCAAUCCCACAUCCCAUAUUCCACCACAGCUUCAAGAACCCCUGCUGACCCAGAUGCCCUAUCUCAACCACCCUAAGGUUCUAGCCGCACUUGCACAAGCCAUCCCCGACAUCAAGCAGAAACAAUCUAAACUCCAAAAGAACCUGCAAGAAAAUGAAACACACGCUUCGGUUAAAGGUGUUGUUGACAGGGUACAGAAUGAAAACGAGCUCGGAGAAGUAGCAGAGGCAGAUAUGCAGAUACAUAAGGCGGCGAUGAGGUUGGAGGACAUGCAUGAGGAAUAUGAGAGACAGUUGAGAGGAGUAGAGGACAGGUUGGUUAAGGUUUAUGGGUCGGUUGUGGCGGAAUUAGAGGAGCAGGAAGUGAUCAGUGAGGAGGUUAUUGGGAUAUUGAAGGAGGCAGACAGUGGGGUUGUAGAGAGGGUUGAUCUUUGUGGGCGUCAGCUGAGGUUUCUUCCGGAGGCGUUUGGGAAGCUUCAUGGGCUGAUCGUGCUCAAUCUGUCCCAUAAUCAGCUAGAGGUCCUUCCCGAUUCAAUAGCACGGCUACAGAAACUGGAGGAGCUUGAUGUUUCUUCCAAUCUUUUAGUGUCCCUGCCAGAUUCUAUUGGGCUUUUGCUUAACCUGAAGGUCCUCAAUAUCUCAGGAAACAAGAUAAAUAGCCUUCCUGAAGCAAUUUCUCGCUGCAGCUCGCUGGUGGAGUUAGAUGCAAGCUUUAACAAUUUGAUGUGUCUGCCAACAAAUAUAGGGUACGGAGUAGCCAAUAUUGAAAGGCUCUCCAUCCAACUGAAUAAAAUCCGUUUUCUUCCAGCAUCAAUUUGUGAAAUGAGGUCUUUGAGAUAUCUAGAUGUGCAUUUCAAUGAAUUGCGUGGCCUGCCACAUGCUAUUGGGAGAUUGACAAAUCUUGAGGUCCUGAACCUCAGCAGUAAUUUCAGUGAUUUGACAGAGCUUCCUGAAACAAUCAGUGAUCUAAUGAACCUUAGGGAGCUUGACUUAAGUAACAACCAAAUCCGAGUUCUUCCGGACUCUUUUGGCGAGCUCAAGAAUCUAAGGAAACUCAACUUGGACCAGAAUCCUCUCAUAAUACCCCCCAUGGAGAUUGUGAAUAAAGGAGUAGAAGCUGUACUUGAGUUCAUGGCGAAGAGGUUGCUGGAUAUCAGAGCAGAGGAACAAAGGAGGAACAUGCUUGAAAUGGACAAGCAACAAGCUCAAACCGGUUGGCUAGCCUGGGGAACCUCAAUGUUGAAUAACUUUGUUUCUGGCGUUUCACAAAGUUUAGGAUAUGCGGGAGACGGAAAAACUUCCAGAGACCCUUGGUUGGAUCAACAAUUGUGAUUCUAUCAGACAGUCAGACUAUCAUCCCCUUGACCUGGAUUUCUGAGUAUUUCGGGGGGGUUUAUGCAUAUAUAGAUAUAUUUUGUAGCACGUGUAGAUGUUUAUACGAGUAAGCAGCUGAUUAUGGUGUCACAUAUGCAAGUGAAUGAUAAUGGUGUAGUGUGCAGUUCUAUAUUUUGGAACAACUGAUUAAUUAUGGUGUCGUAUAUCCAGUUGAAUACUUAGUGUUAUACGAUUUAGGAAUUGUGUUAAAAAUACAAAUAAUAGAAUUUUCUCACUUUCAUCAGCUUAA